GGCACUUGCUCUUAUUUCUUUCAUCUGGUACUUUUCCUCUGUUUUGUUAAUGUCUGCUGCUGAUUUUUCUCCUUGUUCUCCAUUACCCCCAGGCCGUGGAGGCUAUAGAGGCCGUGGAGGCUUUCAGGGAAGAGGUGGAGACCCCAAAAGUGGGGAUUGGGUUUGCCCUAAUCCGUCAUGUGGAAAUAUGAACUUUGCUCGAAGGAAUUCCUGCAAUCAGUGCAAUGAGCCUAGACCAGAAGAUUCUCGUCCCUCAGGAGGAGAUUUCCGGGGGAGAGGCUACAGUGGAGAGAGGGGCUACAGAGGUCGUGGGGGCAGAGGUGGAGACCGAGGCGGCUAUGGUGGAGAUAGAAGUGGUGGUGGCUAUGGUGGAGACAGAAGCGGCUGUGGUGGCUACGGCGGAGAUAGAAGAGGGGGUGGCUAUGGUGGAGACAGAAGUGGGGGUGGCUAUGGUGGGGACAGAGGAGGCGGCUAUGGCGGAGAUCGAGGAGGCUACGGUGGAGAUCGAGGUGGCUACGGCGGAGAUCGAGGAGGCGGCUAUGGCGGAGAUCGAGGAGGCUAUGGCGGAGAUCGAGGAGGCAGCUAUGGCGGAGAUCGAGGAGGUGGCUAUGGUGGAGAUCGAGGCAGCUACGGUGGAGAUCGAGGUGGCUACGGCGGAGAUCGAGGAGGCGGCUAUGGUGGAGAUCGAGGCGGCUACGGUGGAGAUCGAGGAGGCUAUGGAGGAGAUCGAGGAGGCGGCUAUGGCGGAGAUCGAGGAGGAGGCUACGGUGGAGACCGAAGUGGAGGCUAGGGAGGAGACAGGAGUGGCGGCUAUGGAGGAGACCGAGGUGGGGGCUAUGGAGGAGACCGAGGUGGCUAUGGAGGCAAAAUGGGAGGAAGAAACGACUACAGAAAUGAUCAGCGCAACCGACCAUACUGAUGACUGUUUUUAAUGUUCCUUUGUCUCUGACAUGAUCCAUAGUG